AUGUCAUACGAGUUUGUCGGACCUAUGCCAGUUGGCUUAUUCUUGAAAUCGUUCCUGGACCGAGCAUCGCAACCUAUUCCCAGGAACUUCAAACGGAAAUUUCAGGAAAACUUGUGCAAGAUGAGUGGCACAGACUUUGUGACGAAUUUUAUUAAGGCCAUAGGCGAGGCUGGCUUAUGUUCCAACUUUUCUCUCCAUGACACACGAAGCAGGCGGUACUACACCCGUAAUCCUGAGAUCACACUCUACAAACUCAAUGACGCCGUGACAGGAAGAAUUGACUUGACACGCAUGGAGAUGCCAAUCGCGUGCCUGUCUCUCGAUGACGAUCCUUUCAUCGACAUGGUCACUCAACCAGAGUCCCAUCGAAACAAGAUGUCUUUCGAGCGCUAUCCAAAGCGGUCUAUUCGUGGACAGAUAAUCUCUCACACUACUUGGCAAUUCGCGAACCAGCAUCGUUGCUUCGCAUUCUCGGUGAUAUUUCUUGACGACUAUGCGAGAUUCGUGCGGUGGGACCGUUCGGGCGCGGUUGUGACUGAGCUGUUCAAGUGGAAGGAAGACCUGGCGCACCUAGCACUGUUCUUUUGGAGGUUCAACUGUACAUCAGAUGAAGGGCGCGGGUAUGACCUGACAGUCACGAAGCCAACUACUAAAGAAAUAGAACUGGCGAAGGCGAAGUUGGAUGAGUGGGCGGCGAGGUCAGCGAAGGCCUGGGAGAGGAGCAACGGAAAGGAGCAAGAGCAAGCAUGUGCCCCAGAUUCCUCUUACAAAGCUGACGAGACAUUCCGGAAAUUUUACAUGAUAGACGACAUCUCUGGCGAUGUACGAUGCUUAAUAACUUCCCACCCUCAAUGGCCUGCACACACACUCACUGGGCGUAGUACACGCGGGUAUAUGGCAUUCGAUGCUCAGACGCAGCAGGUUGUGUAUUUCAAGGAUACCUGGCGCCAGCAUCACAUGAAUCCUGAAGGAGAGACGCACAGAUAUCUAGAGGAGAGAGGUAUUCAAGGAAUUGCGCCUCUCGUAUGUACAGGUGACAUUGCGGAUCACACGACACAGACGGAUAGGUUUAUGCACAGACAGUGGUGCUGCGCAGUUCCCGACAUGGUGGGGCACCAGCACUACAGGCUCGUUUGGGGGGAGAUAUUGCGGCCUAUAGAUCAGUGCAGAUCGACAAAGGAGAUGUGCAUGGCAAUCUUUAAUGCAGUCAAAACACACGGAGAAGCAUACUCUGUAGGCAUAUUACAUUCAGAUAUCAGCGACACGAACAUCAUGAUCACGGAUGAAGGCCACGGAGUUCUCAUCGACUGGGACUUGUCGAAGAGGUUGUUUGAUGAAGAAAACAACAAACACAGAUCAAUGGUCGGAACUUGGCAAUACAUGUCCAUCGCUGGGAUGCAAGAACAUGACAAACAGCAAGUGUUGUCUGAUGACCUGGAAUCAUUCCUACACGUCUUGCUCUACUGCAGCCUCGAACGCCUCAUAGACGAACACUCCUUUCUCUCAAAUUUCAUGAACGGCUACUUUAGGAAGCCAUUCCGCCUCGCCGAUGGCUCCAUCUGCGGAUUAGAUGGGAAGCAGGAUUUCUUAUCCGCGACACGAACAUUAUUUCCACAACUUGAUAAGAUAUUUUGCGCUCCACUUGCGGACCUCAUCGAAGAUCUGCGCGUGUUGUUCGUUCCUCUCUACGCGUGCCGGGACAGACGUGAUGUGGAGGGCAUCGAGAGCGCGCUUGACAACUUGACAAUCGAAAAGUUCGUCGAUAUCUUCGAGCGGCACCUCGCAAGGUCAGAUGAAGAAUGGAAAUGUGAGCCAUUAGAGCGCGCAAAGGAGGAGAGGAGAAAACGCAGCGUGGACGAGGCUGAUCUGGACCAUGAAGGACGGUUCAGCAAGCGGAGGAAAAGCUCCCGAUGA